AAGGUGGUUCCCUUUACUUCCAUUCCUGAUGCCACCUUUUGGCACGAACUUACAAGGAAAACACUAAAUGUUUAUAAAUUGGACGAUACUCCAACUCCUCUAUGGGGUUAUUUCUAUAGUGGAAAAGCACUUCUCUACUCCCCACGAUUUCACCUUGAUAGCCACUCCUUUGACGAGAUUCCUGAAGCUGUGGGAACAGUCGUGAGGGGGACACUGUUUAAUUAUAGUCGACUUGAAGAUUUUAAAAAAUGUGACAAGUCAGCCAUUCUUAACUCUAUUUGUGACGAGAUAUGGGCAGAUAUUUCUUCUGAAAAUGUUUAUGAGGAUCCUUCCCUUGUUAAUAGUUUUUUCCUGCUUUGUUAUGCUAAUAUUAAAAAAUACAAGUAUUAUUAUUGGUUUUGCUUUCCUGCACUAAUUUUAAGUGAAGAUUCUAUAGUAUUCCAGCACAUUAUGCCUAUCGCUGAGUAUCUUCCUGCACCUAAUGUAGUUUAAAGACUCUGAUAGAUAGUUUUUCUGCGUUGCAUUAUAAGCAAAGGACCUUUUUUGUAAUUGAUCUUAUCACUGGCACUGCCCAUCCCCUCCGCGGCUGGCAAGAUUUAGUGCGUGAGGAAAAGCUUGUCGUUGGGUACUGCGACCCAUGUGGCAACCCGCAUGCGCCAGGAUGGCCUAUCAGAAAUGUCGUCGCGACUAUACUAUGCCACUGUAGCCCUUACGUCCAAACGGUGGAUAUUGUGUGUUACCGCGAAGAAUGGAAGUCCGGAGUUUGUAUGGUUGAACACAGCAUAGUUGUUUGUGGCCUGAAAGUUUUUUCUUUAGUUGAUAUAAACAGACCGUUAAAAAUAGUGGGCUGGGAGAGGAAUGUGAAAAAUAAACUUGCUUGGCGAGUUUUAGAUUUGAGUUCUACCCUAGAUCCUAAUAAGAUCGCUGAAACUGCUUGCUUUAUAAAUUUGAGUCUAAUGAAGUGGCGACUCUGACCGUCUCUUGAUAUUGAUAAACUUUUCGCCGUAAAAUGCCUAAUCAUAGGCGCGGGUACACUAGGUCGUAAUGUGAGCCGCUGUCUACUCGCGUGGGGGAUCACUCACGUGACCUUUGUUGAUAACGGAUAGCCCUUUAUGUUUUUAUCAACUGUGAAUGCUUAUUAUGUAGCUAAACCUCAAUAAUACGCAAGGGAAAGUUUCCCUAAGUAACCCCACACGCCAAACUCUUUUUGAUUUCAAAGAUAGUAUCCAGGGCGGCAAGUGUAAAGCUUAUGCGGCGGCGGAAGCGCUUAAACGCAUCUAUCCCAACUGUCAAAGCCGGGCCUACGAAAUAACUGUCCCUAUGCCGGGCCAUGCCAUCGCCAUUGAUGAGGUAGACUCGACUUUGAAGGAAUUUAAACUGCUAGAAGAACUUGUUAUAGAGCACGACGCUAUAUUCUUGCUAACUGAUAGUCGUGAAAGCAGGUGGUUGCCCACUGUCCUUUGCCAGGCUCAUGAUAAAAUUUGUGUGAAUACCGCUUUGGGUUUCGAUUCUUUUGUGGUUAUGCGCCAUGGAAAUUACGACACACCUAUUAAAAAACGCUUGAGUUGUUACUUUUGCUCGGAUGUUGUGGCUCCAGUGAAUAACAUUGGACAAGCAAUGCACAGUGACGAGGCCAGGUCUUUCCUUUAUAGCAAGUGCUUUAACGGUAGAAUUGUUUGCUUCUUUUAUACAGUAUCCAGAAAGCAAUGAAGUUGAGGAGACCCCUCUGGGAAUAGUUCCUCACCAAAUUCGAGGGUUUUUGUCCCUGUAUAAUUUAUUAAUGUCCCGCGGGGAAGCUUUUAGUAACUGCGUUGCAUGCUCUGAGAAGGUCCUUCAAGCCUUUAGGGAUAACAAGGAAGAGUUGUUAUUGAAGUGUUGUAACGACGCUCUUUACUUGGAGGAGAUUACCGAGUUGGCAUAUACAAAAGAAAAUAUUGAUCAAUUCUUCUUGGACUCUGAUCUUGAUGAUAAUAAAGAAGAUUAAUAUUUAAUUGUUUCAUCAUUUUGCAACUGUACAAAUAACUUAAUAAAAUGGCGUUUCUUUA